UGGUAACAACGUCGCGUCUCAUAGCGGCAAUAUCUCAUUGUCUGCCGGCUCUCCCUGUCUGCCGGUCACGCCGAAAUUGUGCUAGUCGAAAGUCACGUAAAAAUAGUUACUCGACAGAAAAUAACAUGGACGGCAACGCUUUCCUCACAGAAGAUGCAGCUUUUCUCAAUCUGCAAAAGUAUUUCCAGGAAAAAGGAAAAGAUUUGAACAUUCACCAGCUGUUCGUGCAGGACCCAGAAAGAUUCAAGAAAUACAGCAUCAAACUUGCAACCCCGCAAGAUGGUGAAAUUCUGAUCGAUUUUUCCAAGAAUCGUGUGGACGCCGAGACUUUCAAACUUCUUCUCGAAUUGGCUAAAUCACGAAAGGUGCAAGAGUCUCGAGAUGCCAUGUUCGGUGGAGAGAAGAUCAACUUCACGGAAAAUCGAGCUGUUUUGCACACGGCCCUGAGAAAUCGAAGCGGCCGGCCAGUCCUCGUAGAUGGCGUUGACGUAAUGCCAGACGUGAGAGCCGUUCUUGAUCACAUGAAAGAAUUCUGCAGCGAGGUUAUUUCCGGUCAAUGGAAAGGAUAUACCGGCAAAGCUAUUACCGAUGUCGUCAACAUUGGGAUCGGUGGAUCGGAUCUGGGCCCUUUGAUGGUGACUGAGGCUCUGAAGGCUUAUUCAGUCGGACCCAACGUCCACUUUGUUUCCAACGUCGAUGGAACUCACAUCGCUGUCACGCUGCAGAAGCUGAACCCGGAAACAACUUUGUUCAUCAUCGCUUCCAAGACUUUCACCACCCAGGAAACCAUCACCAACGCCGAAUCGGCCAAAGAUUGGUUCCUAGAGAAAGCCAAAGACGAAUCGACUGUCGCUAAACAUUUUGUCGCCUUGUCUACAAAUGCCACAAAAGUCCGCGAUUUUGGAAUUAACGAAAAGAACAUGUUCGGAUUCUGGGAUUGGGUUGGUGGACGUUACUCACUCUGGUCUGCCAUUGGUUUGUCGAUCGCUUUGAGCAUCGGCUUUGAGAAUUUCGAAAAGUUGCUAGACGGUGCUUAUUUUAUGGAUCAACAUUUCUGCGAAUCUCCAUUGGAACAGAACGUUCCGGUUAUUUUGGCGCUACUCGGAGUGCUGUACGGCGAUUUUUAUGGUUCCGAAACCCACGCUUUAUUGCCCUACGAUCAAUAUCUCCAUCGAUUUGCGGCUUACUUCCAGCAGGGGGACAUGGAAUCGAACGGAAAGUAUGUUACCCGAAGUGGACGACGUGUUGAGUAUGCUACCGGCCCAGUCGUGUGGGGAGAGCCGGGAACUAACGGACAACAUGCUUUCUACCAAUUGAUUCACCAGGGAACUCGAUUGAUUCCUGCUGAUUUCAUCGCUCCAGCUCAGUCGCUUCACCCGAUCCGCGACAAAAUCCAUCACAAACUCUUGAUGGCCAAUUUCUUGGCCCAGACGGAAGCUCUCAUGAAAGGCAAAUCAUCUGACGAGGCCAAAGCCGAACUUUUGAAAUCCGGAAUGGGCGAAGAUGACGUGCGCAAGAUCUUACCUCACAAAGUCUUCGAAGGCAACCGACCCACAAACUCUAUCGUGGUGCAUAAAGUCACUCCUUUCAUCCUUGGUGCUCUCAUUGCCAUGUACGAGAUGAAAAUCUUUGUCCAAGGAAUUAUUUGGGACAUCAACUCUUUCGAUCAAUGGGGUGUUGAGCUUGGUAAGCAAUUAGCUAAGGCGAUUGAGCCAGAGUUGGAAGGAUCAGGUGAGAUCUCUUCUCACGAUUCGUCUACUAAUGGACUGAUCAACUUCAUCAAGAGCAACGCAUAAUUAAUUUCGGAUUGACACGCCACCACUGAAACUCCGUAGAAGAGAGUCAAUCAGAAUAAUUCAUUUUGUGUAGGAAUAUCGUUCAACUUUCAAUGUCCCCCCCCCCCCUCUCAAGUUAAAUUCUUUUUCAAUAUUAUAAUUGUGUUGAUUUUUGUUGACCGACAAUAAAGGUUGGAUUGGUACGAGGUA